CUGGGAGCGAUGAGGCUGGCGGGGGCAGCGCUGCUGCUGUGCGCUGCGGCGGCGGCCGGGGCACCGGCACCGGCACCGGGACCCGCAGCGGGGCGGCCCGGGGCCGAGCGGCGGGUGGCGGGCAAGGAGCGCAGGGCGCAUUUCGCCUCCUGGGACGAGGUGAACGUGAUCGCCCAUGGGCUGCUGCAGCUCGGGCACGGCCUGAAGGAGCACGUGGACCGCACCAAGGGGCAGAUGCGGGAGCUCGGCAGCCGCCUCAGCGCCCACAACAGCUCCCUGGGGCGGCUGCUGCGGCAGGCGCGGGAGGCGCAGGAGCGGGGACAGCGGCUGCGGGACAACGUGCGGGAGCUGGAGGGCCGCGGCCGGCAGCUCCUCAACCUCUCUGACGCUCUGCGGCAGCGCCUGGAGGAGGUGGCGGCCGACAAAGCCGAGAUCCAGGGGCGGCUGGAGCAGCUGGAGGGCCGUGUCCGGCAGGCGCUGCAGGCGCGGCCGAGCGGGAACCAGAGCGCCAGGGACCUGGGAGCGCUGCAGUCCCUAAUGGAUGCACAGAACUUGCGAAUUGAGGAGCUCUUGCAGAAGGUGAAGCAGCAGCAGUACAAGCUGGACAAGCAGAAUCUGCAGAUUAAAAGCCUGCAAAGCAAGGUCAAUCUACUCAUCCCCUUACACCUGAAGGACAACAAAACGCAGUCUCUGAAGUGGAAGAUAAACCCGAAGAAAAGCCUCAGCUUCACCAACCAGAGCCAGAAUGCUAGUGGGGAGCCCAUGCUGACACAGAAGCUCCCAGAAGAUUGCCACCAGCUCUUCCUAGCUGGGCAGCAAAGCAGUGGUGUUUUCCAGGUGCAGCCUGCAGGGUCUCAGCCCUUCAAAGUCUACUGCAACAUGACCACAGAGGGUGGCUGGACAGUGAUCCAGAGACGCACAGAUGGCUCUGUGGACUUUGACCAGCUCUGGGAUGCCUAUAAGAAUGGCUUUGGAGACCUUCAUGGUGACUUCUGGCUGGGCCUGGAGAAGAUAUAUCAGCUUGUCCAAGAGGGAAGAUACGAUCUCCUGAUUGAGCUGGAAGACUGGGAGGGAAAUUCCCAGGUGGUUCAGUUUGUCUUUAGCCUUGGUGGUGAGAGCACAGCCUACACACUUAACCUGCUGGGACCUCUGUCUGGAGAGCUGGAAAACGCCAUGGGGGACUUCAGGCAGCUGCCCUUCUCCACUCGGGAUCGUGACCACGACCUCAAGGCUGACACAAACUGUGCCAAACACCUCUCAGGUGGCUGGUGGUUCAGCACCUGUGGCCAUGCCAACCUGAACGGGAAGUACUUCCGCUCCAUCCCCCGCCAGAGGCACGAGCGCAAGCAGGGCAUCUUCUGGAAGACAUGGAAGGGCAGGUAUUACCCCCUGAAGUCAACCACCAUGAAAAUCCAACCUGCAGCAGUGGAAGCAGAGCGCUAAAGCUGCCACUUGAGACUUGACCUUCUCUGUGGAGCACUGACCUCAGCUCCAUUACUUGGUGUUUACAGAAAACAACCCCCCCCUCCCCGGGAAGUCCCUGAGGAGGCUUCCCUUGCUUAGCAGCCCUUCAGGGCAUGACAACUCCUUGCUAUAAGUAAAACAGCUCCAUGUUGUUGAUACCCCUGGAUGGGAGCUCCCUAACAAGAAGAGGAGCCACCAGCAGGGACAUGCACCUCCAGAGCAUGCACAAAGGUCUUCCAACCUGCCACAUGUUGCGGCAAGUUCAAGUUGUCUGGUGCUUUCUGUCCUGUCUGAACACUUCUGUGUGGGUUUUGGUGAGCUGGGACUGGGGGAAGGGGGGCACAUGAAGUGUUUUGGCACCCUGGAGCCAAGCAUUUGGUUUGGAGCCUCUCUGUAUCCUGUCUUCCGCUGCUGUUCCCAGAUGUCUUGUGUACUCUCCUGUGAAAGCCCUAGAGCUUCCUUCUCCUGUGGGGGCCUUGGGGCCAUGAACCUUGGGCAGCUCCAUCUGUGCAGCCCUUGCUCCAGGGCCUUCAUCCCGCUGGGAAUAUGGGCUGUGGUGGAAAGGCUGAAGGACACCCUGUGUGGAAGGGGACCUCAGGCUGACUUAGCUUCCCUGGCCCCCGUGGCUUUGGAGCCCUGUAUUUCUGGCUGUGCUGGAAUUUGCUGGGCUUCCAGCUCCAGGAGGUGAUGGGUGGGAUCUUGCAGCUGGUUGCAUGAGGGCUGAAUCCUGGAGGGCUGAGUUAAGCUCUGCCUGGAGUUUGCCAGCCUGGUUAGGAUGGGCAGUACGACAGCACAGGGGCAGAGCAGUGACUGUCCUGGGCAGGACCAGCCCUGCUGUCACCUGUGAGUCCCCUAGAGCUGGGAAGCUUGCUUCUCCCAGCAGACACCCAGUACUUCAGCAUGAGUAGCAUUGUCCCACUAGUGCCCCAGACCUUGCUCCAAAGGCCCAGCAGGUUUCUCUGCAAAAGCCACCCCAGCCUCCCUGGGUGCCCACCCUGAUGUACAGCAUCACCUCUGCCUUUGGGGUGGGUGUCUGGGGGAGGUGGGCAAAGCAGGUCCCCAAUAACUGUUCUUAACCAAGCUGCCACCUUGGGGCUUCCCAAGCAUCCUGCCCUAUUGAAGUCAUAUUGACUCCUGUGCUAGAGCUCCUAGCUGCUAAAUAUUGUAAAUAGUCAUUUGUAGGAUGGUGGAUCUUGUUGAUGAAUUUCCUGUUUUAAUUUGUUUCCAUAUUUAAAUGCAGUGUUAAUAACAAAGUGGUGUAAUUUAUAUAUGUUGAUGCUGGGAAAAAAAAAAAAAGGCAACUGUAGUUUGUGUAUUUUAAACUUUUUUUUUUGGUACUAAAAUAUCUUUUCUGAAGAUGUCUUUUAAUAAAAAGAAGCCUGUAACUGU